UAACUAGCUUCCAUUCAUGUAGUCCAUCCAAAAAUCUACGAAUAGAUAAACAAACACGUGGUAGAUCUAAUGGACUCCAAGCUCAAAACUUUGCUUUAUUUUUUAGUAAUCAUUAUCAUUCAAUCUUACAUUUCUCAUUCCAAAUCAAUAAUUAAAGGACUUCCAGGAUAUCCAGGUGAUCUUCCUUUCAAAUUUGAAACCGGAUAUAUUGGCGUAGGGAUAAAAGAAGAGGUGCAAUUGUUCUACUACUUUUUUGAGUCAACAAGAAAUCCAACACAAGACCCGCUCAUAUUCUACAUUCCUGGCGGUCCGGGGGGUUCCGCUUUAGUAACCAUCUUUCACGAGAAUAUAGGUCCAUUUAACAUAACUUGGGAUAUUGGUGUAGAUAAUACGAACUUGAAAUUAAAUCCAAAUGCAUGGAAUCAGAUGGCCAAUAUAAUAUUUCUUGAUAUACCUGCCGGAACCGGUUUUUCGUAUGCUAAAAGCAACGAAGGAUGGAUUAGCAGCGAUAGUAUUCUAGCAACCCAAGCUAUUGAGUUUCUUAAAAAGUUUCUUAUAGGCCAUCCUAAAUUUGUGAAGAGUCCAUUAUAUAUAGCGGGAAUUUCUUACAUUGGUAUUGUCGUUCCAAAAGUCACUCUAGAACUAUACGAAGGUAAUGAACGUGGUGAUCGCCCAACAUUAAAUAUUCAAGGGUACAUUCUUAUCAGUCCAUUAACUCAUAAGUUUCAUGACUUCAAUUCGAGGAUUGAAUAUGCACAUCGUAUGGCACUCAUAUCAGAUCAUAUAUACAAGUCAGCAAUAGCACAUUGCCAAGGUAAUUAUGUUAAUCUUGAUUCGGCCGACUUUUUCUGUGCACAUAGUCUUAAAAGUUAUGAAGAGUGCACAAGUCAUAUUAGUUUCAGUAACAUUUUGGAACCAUUUUGUGAUGAAAAUGAUCCCGCUCAAGACUGUGAUAUUGAUGUUAAGAAGACUUUGACUAAAUGGGCAAACUCUGCAGUUGUACAACAAACUCUAAAUAUUCGUAAAGGAACAAUUGAAAAAUGGGAGUCGAGGAACAAUACUAUUCAUUAUAGACUAGGAAAGAAUGACACCUUUUGUUAUUCUUAUGAUAUUUUUAGUAGCUUUUUAUAUCAUAAGAAACUAUCGUAUAAAAAAUGCCAAGCUUUGAUCAUAAGUGGCGACCAUGAUAUGACAUUUCCAUAUGUUGGAGUGGAGCAAUGGAUAUCUUCCCUUGAUCUCCCGGUUGAAGUCCCAUGGAAACCGUUCUUUGUUGAUGGUCAAGUGGGAGGAUAUGAAAUGAAAUAUGCACGGAGUGAAUAUUCAUUAACUUUCGCUACUGUUAAAGGUGCAGGGCAUGCAGUUCCACAAUACAAGCCAAAAGAAAGUAUUGUAUUGACACAGAAAUGGCUUUCCUCACAAACUUAUUCAAGCGAUGAUUGUACAGAAUAACUUAAUUUGGCCUUUAAUUAGGAUGUCAUCCAUUAUGAAAACUAUGCAAUAUUAUUUUUUUCCCCUAUAUAUGUAAGGAUUAAUUGGAUCCAUAAAGAAUGACAUAUAUGUCACUGAAUAUGAAUGUGUUUACUUAAGUAAUCGAUCAUAAUAAUGUUGUGAUGA